AUGGCCGACAAAUUGCGCACUCUGCAGCAACUUGAAUCACUCCAAGCCAAAUAUAUUGGCACCGGCCACGCAGACACCACUCGCUACGAAUGGAGCAACAACAUCGUUCGAGACUCAUAUGCGAGUUAUGUCGGCCAUCCACCUCUGCUUGCCUACAUGGCACUGGGCAUGGGUGAGAGCAAGGAGGUCCUGCGAGGACAGAUGAUAGAGAAGAUGAUCAGGGCGAGUGGUCCACCACCAGCGAGAGACGAUGAUUGA